AUGCGUAAAAUCGGCGAUUUAUUUUAUGGUCGCGGCAAGGAUGACUUCGUGACAAUUGAAUCAUUUGUACUCUUGUCGCGCAGUUUUGCUGCAAUCGGUUUUGCACCGAAGAGACCGCAACGUAUUGUCGACGUAAUUCAUCAGCUUAUUUGUUGGAGUUGCAUUUUUAGCUGCCCUUAUCUCUUUUUUUCUGGUGUGGUAAAAACAAUGCACUCCUUACCAAUAACAAUCUUACUUGCGCAUUUAGGAGUCGCUAUUAAUAGUAUUGCAUUUCCUUUGAAAGCUGUUUAUAUUAAAGCCAAUAUUGACCGUUUGGAUGACAUCGGAAAGAUUUUCAACGCUUUGGAUAAACGUUAUCAGAGACCGCAAGAUCAGAUGCAAAUCCGAGAUUCGGUUAAAACUUGCACACGGAUAUUUGUUGUUUUUUGCAUUGUGUAUUGGUUGUUUGGCACAUCAAGUUGGUUGGUAGCGCUUUGCAUACAUGAAUACCCGAAUGGCAAUAACUUGCCAUUCAUUGAUUGGCUGCCAGAAUCCAAUUUGAGAUUUUGGCUUCACUUCAUCUUUGAGGUAGUAUUUCUGCAGGAACUGCUACAAAUGAGUUUGACAAUUGACUCGUUUCCUGCUUUAUAUAUACGUGCUCUGCGUACACAUGUCAAUCUCUUGACGGAUCGCGUGAGUCGUUUGGGCCUUAAUCCCGAUUUUAGUGAUCAGGAGAAUUUUGAAGAAUUAGUCGAUUGUAUCGUUUCACAUCAAGAAUUACUGCAGAUUUCCGAUACCGUUGGUAAGAUCCUUUCUCUUACCACCUUCUUUCAAUUUACUAUAUACGCCGUUAUACUCUGCGUCUGUAUGCUCAACAUGUUCGUAUUUGGCGACGCAUCGACCAAGCUGGUCACAUUGGUUUAUCUCUUGCCCGUAUUUUGGCAGACCAUUCCCACCUGUUAUCAAGCUUCGAUGCUCGAGGCGGACAGCGCUAAGUUACCAGUAGCGAUUUUCCAUUGCAACUGGUUGGCUUUGGAUAAACGUUGCCACAAAUUGAUUAUCUAUUUCAUGCAACGCGCUCAGAAAGAGAUCUCCUUUACCGCAAUCACAUUGUUUGUAAUUAAUUUGAGAACCAACUUGUCGAUCGCCAAGUUUUCGUUCACUUUAUAUACUUUCAUAAAUGAAAUGGGCUUUGGAGAGACACUAAAGGAUCGACUGGAUUAA